AUGUUGUUGCACAAGUUUGGUAGUGUUGACAAUAUUGAGGCUGCCAUAACUAAAUGUUAUGCUGAUGAUAAACUCCAAUUAUCUGCUGUUUACAAGUCUCUUAUCCAGCCUUCAAUUAUAGUGCCCUGGGCUAAAACUGUAUGGGAUAGUUUUCUAUAUCCUAAACAUUCUUUCAUAUUGUGGCUAGUUUGUCAUUCAAGACUUCUCACCAAGGAUAGAUUGUGCCGAAUGGGAAUCCUGAGCACCAAUCAGACUCACUGUGUCAUGUGUAAUAGACAGGAACUGGAGACGAGUAGCCACGUUUUCUUUGAAUGUCAAUUUUCAGCUGAAGUCUGGAAUUUAGUGAUGGAAUGGCUGAGAUAUAGAUGGAGGUCAUGUGUAUGGAGUUUGGUUUUGAACUGGUAUUCAUGUAAUUUGAAAGGAAAAGGCCCUAUGAAGAAAUUGAAGAGGAUGUGUUUAUCCACUGCAGUGUAUAUGAUCUGGAAGGAGAGAAAUCGGAGAAUCUUUCAAGGCAAAUUGAGGCUCCCUGCUCAGAUUCUUAGUGAUAUCAAGUUUUCAGUUUUUGCAAAAGUUCAUAAUGAUACUUCAAAUGUACAUAUGAAAAAUAUUCUUGAGAACCUGUAA